AGAGGCGGGAGCCGGGCAGCAGCGCACCCCAGGCGGCGGCAGGCAGCGCCGGAGCGCGCCUGCCUCCCCACCUUGCCUCGCCGCCCUCGGGCACCUUUCGGGGCUCCGGGAGCGCGGGUGGCAGGAGGAGAAGCCCGAAGCCACCGGCCAUGGGGAUCGCUCCGCUGGCGGGCUAAGGAGGGGAGAAGGGGCAGCGCCCCCCUCCCCCAAUCGGAUCCCAGCCCCCCAAAAAACUUUUCUGGCUGGAUGCGGAGCGCGGAUUUCGCCACGAGUGGAUAAAACUGCCGCGUGUCAGCGGUGGGGGGCUCCCCACGCCCCGGGGCUUUGCCAUCUUGGGGCGCCCUGCGAAGCGGGGGCUGGGCGCGGGGGGACCUUGUGCUACCCCCGUUGGAGCAAUCGGGGGAUCCCCGCGGUGCCGAGCCCCGGGCCGAGGCGGGACCUCGUGCGGACAAGUCAAGGCAGCGCUACGUGUCCAGACCCCCCCCCCCCACACCGGCCUCGGGAACUGGGAGCGGAGCCUUUUCUCGCCCGGUGCUUGGGCGGCGCCGGCUGCGGGCCGAGGGCAGCGCGGAUGGGCCGUUUCCCUUAAGAUCGCCCCCUUCCCCGGGGGUCGGCGGCUGGUUUUCGGGGCGCCCCCGGAGCCUGCCUGCCGCAGCCAGCGAGACUUUGCACGGGCGGGAGGAGCAGCCCGAGCCGGCGGCGCGGACCGGGGAAAGGAUUAUAAAAGUCGGGGAAAGUUCCCUUCCCGCCCCCCGCGGACCAUGGCAGGGGGCGGCCGCUGGCAGCCCCUGCUGUGCAUCCUCCUCGCUCUCCAGGGGACCCCCGGCGCCGGGGCUCAAGAUGACGUUUCGCCAUAUUUCAAAACGGAGCCGGUCCGGAGCCAGGUCCACCUGGAAGGGAACCGCUUGGUCCUGACCUGCAUGGCCGAGGGCAGCUGGCCACUGGAGUUCAAAUGGCUUCACAACAACAAGGAGCUGACCAAGUUCUCUCUGGAAUACAGGUACAUGAUCACAUCACUGGACCGCACCCAUGCCGGCGUCUACCGCUGCAUCGUCCGCAAUCGGAUGGGGGCCCUCUUGCAAAGGCAGACGGAAGUCCAGGUGGCAUACAUGGGCAGCUUCGAGGAGAGCGAGACGCACCAGAGCGUGUCCCACGGUGAAGCGGCCGUCAUCCACGCCCCCCGCAUCGCCAGCUUCCCCCAGCCCCAGGUCACCUGGUUCCGGGACGGCCGGAAAAUCCCCCCCAGCAGCCGCAUAGCCAUCACGCUGGAGAACACCCUGGUCAUCCUGUCGACGGUGGCGCCCGACGCCGGCCGGUACUACGUGCAGGCCGUGAACGACAAGAACGGGGAUAACAAGACCAGCCAGCCCAUCACUCUCACCGUGGAGAAUGUCGGCGGCCCGGCCGAUCCCAUCGCUCCCACCAUCAUCAUCCCGCCCAGGAACACCAGCGUGGUGGCCGGCACCUCGGAAGUGACCAUGGAGUGCGUGGCCAACGCCAGGCCGCUGAUGAAGCUGCACAUCGUCUGGAAGAAGGACGGGGCGCAGCUCUCCAGCGGGCUCAGCGACUACAACCGCCGACUCACCAUCCUCAACCCCACGCUGGGCGACAGCGGGUACUACGAGUGCGAGGCCGUGCUGCGCAGCAGCAGUGUGCCCGCCGUGGCGGAGGGCGCCUUCCUCGCCGUGCUGGAGCCACCCCAGUUUGUCCAGGAGCCGGAGAGGCACGUCACGGCUGAGAUGGAGAAGGUGGUGACCAUCCCUUGCCAGGCCAAAGGCGUCCCGCCGCCAGCCAUGGCCUGGUACAAGGACGCGGCCCUCGUGCACGUGGAGAAGCUCUCGCGGUUCCGGCUGCUGGGCGACGGGAGCUUGCAGAUCAGCGGGCUGGUGCCCGAUGACACCGGCAUGUUCCAGUGCUUCGCCCGCAAUGCCGCCGGCGAGGUGCAGACCUCCACGUACCUGGCAGUGACCAGCAUCGCUCCCAACAUCACCAAGGGCCCCCUGGACAGCACCGUGAUCGACGGCAUGUCCGUGGUUCUCAGCUGCGAGACCUCGGGGGCGCCGAGGCCGGCCAUCACCUGGCAGAAAGGGGAGCGGAUCCUGGCCAGCGGCUCGGUGCAGCUGCCGCGCUUCACCCUGCUGGAGUCGGGCAGCCUCCUCGUCAGCCCCACGCACAUCGCCGACGCCGGCAGCUACACCUGCUUGGCCACCAACUCCCGUGGGGUGGACGAGGCCUCUGCGGACCUCGUCGUGUGGGCCCGCACCCGCAUCACCAGCCCCCCUCAGGACCAGAGCGUCAUCAAGGGAACCAAAGCCUCCAUGAGCUGCGGCGUCACCCACGACCCCAGCGUGGCUGUCAGGUACAUCUGGGAGAAGGACGGCACACCCGUCAGCGUGGACAGCAUCCCGCGGCUCCGGCUGGACGAGGAGGGCACCCUGCACAUCUCCCAGACCUGGUCCGGGGACAUCGGCACCUACACCUGCCGGGUCCUCUCCGCCGGGGGCAACGACUCCCGCAGCGCCCACCUGCGCGUCAGGCAGCUCCCCCAUGCCCCGGAGAACCCAGUGGCCUCGCUGAGCCCGCUGGAGAAACGUGCCAUCAACCUGACAUGGGCCAAGCCCUUCGAUGGGAACAGCCCCUUGCUGCACUACAUCCUUGAGGUCUCGGAGAACAAUGCCCCCUGGACCACCCUCAUGGCUAGCGUGGACCCUGAGGCGACCUCCGUGGUGGUGCGAGGCCUGGUGCCCGCGCGCUCCUAUCAGUUCCGCCUCUGCGCUGCCAACGACGUGGGCAAAGGGCAGUUCAGCCGGGACACCGAGAGGGUGUCCCUGCCAGAGGAGCCCCCCACCGCGCCCCCCCAGAACGUCAUCGCCAGCGGCAGGACCAACCAGUCCAUCAUGCUCCAGUGGCAGCCGCCUCCUGAGAACCACCAGAACGGCCUCUUGAAAGGUUACCUCAUCAGGUACUGCCUGGCCGGCCUGCCCGUCGGCUAUCAGUUCAAGAACAUCACCAAUGCCGAGGUCAACAACCUGCUCCUGGAGGAUCUCAUCAUCUGGACCAACUACGAGAUCGAGGUGGCGGCGUACAACAGCGCCGGCCUGGGGGUCUACAGCGCCAGGGUGACCGAGUGGACCCUGCAGGGAGUUCCCACCGUGCCCCCGGGCAACGUACAGGCCGAGGCCACCAACGCCACCACCAUCCGCUUCACCUGGAACCCCCCCAGCCCCCAGUUCAUCAAUGGCAUCAACCAGGGAUACAAGCUGAUCGCGUGGGAGCCGGAGCAGGCGGAGGAGGUGACCAUGGUGACGGUGAGGCCCAACUUCCAGGACAGCAUCCACGUGGGCUACAUCGGGGGCCUGAAGAAGUUCACAGAGUACUUCACCUCCGUGCUGUGCUUCACCACGCCGGGCGACGGCCCGCGCAGCCCGCCGCAGCUGGUGCGCACCCACGAGGACGCGCCUGGCCCCGUGGGGCACCUCAGCUUCAGCGACAUCCUGGACACGUCGCUGAAGGUCAGCUGGCAGGAGCCCCUGGAGAAGAACGGCAUCUUGACCGGCUACCGGAUCUCCUGGGAGGAAUACAACCGCACCAACACACGGGUGACGCACUACCUGCCCAACGUCACCCUGGAGUACCGCGUCACCGGCCUCACCGCCCUCACCACCUACACCAUCGAAGUGGCCGCCAUGACAUCCAAGGGGCAGGGCCAGCUGUCCUCCUCCACCAUCUCCUCCGGGGUCCCUCCAGAGCUCCCCGGCGCGCCGACCAAUCUGGGCAUCUCCAACAUCGGCCCGCGCUCCGUCACACUCCAGUUCAGGCCGGGCUACGACGGGAAGACCUCCAUUUCCCGCUGGCUGGUGGAAGCUCAGGUGGGUCAGAUCGGCGAGAACGAGGAGUGGGAGCUUAUUCACCAGCUGGCCAACGACCCCGACGCCCGCUCCAUGGAGGUGCCCAACCUCCACCCGUACAUGUACUACAGCUUCCGCCUGCGGCAGGUGAACAUCGUGGGCACCAGCCCGCCCAGCGUGCCCUCCAGGAGGAUGCAGACCCUGCAGGCUCCCCCGGACGUGGCGCCCGCCAACGUCACCCUGCGGACGGCCAGCGAGACCAGCCUGUGGCUGCGCUGGAUGCCGCUCCCAGAGCUGGAGUACAAUGGGAACCCGGAGUCGGUGGGCUACAGGCUGCGGUACACGCGGGCGGACGGGCGGGGCAGGACGGUGGCGCACGUGAUCCACGACCGGGUGGAGCGGGAAUACACCAUCGAGGACCUGGAGGAGUGGAUGGAGUACCGCGUGCAGGUGCAGGCCUUCAACGCCAUCGGGGCCGGGCCCUGGAGCCAUGUCGUGCUGGGGCGUACCAGGGAGUCAGUCCCCUCGUCCGGCCCCACCAACGUGUCCGCGCUGGCCACCACCUCCAGCAGCAUGCUGGUCCGAUGGAACGAGAUCCCUGAGGCGGAUCGCAAUGGGCUCAUCCUUGGCUACAAGGUCGUGUACAAGGAGAAGGACUCGGACGCGCGGGCCCGGUUCUGGCCGGCGGAGGGGAACGCCUCCCGCAGCGCCCAGCUCGCGGGCCUGGGCAAGUACGUGCUGUAUGAGAUCCGUGUGCUGGCCUUCACCCGGAUCGGAGACGGCGCGCCCAGCUCCCCGCCCAUCCUGGAGAGGACUCUGGACGACGUGCCUGGGCCCCCAGUGGGCAUCCUCUUCCCAGAAGUGAGGACCACCUCAGUCCGGCUGAUCUGGCAGCCUCCAGCCGCGCCUAACGGCAUCAUUCUAGCGUACCAGAUCACCCACCGCCUGAACACCACCAGCGCCAACGCCGCCACCGUGGAGGUGCUCAACCCCAGCGCCCGCCAGUACACGGCCGCCGGCCUGCAGCCAGAGUCGACCUACCUCUUCCGCAUCACGGCGCAGACCCGCAAAGGCUGGGGCGAGGCGGCCGAGGCGCUGGUGGUCACCACCGAGAAGAGAGACCGCCCGCAGCCCCCCAGCAAGCCCAUGGUGCAGCAGGAGGACGUGAAGGCCCGCAGUGUGCUGCUGUGCUGGGAGCCGGGCAGCGACGGCCUCUCCCCGGUCCGGUACUACACCGUGCAGACCCGCGAGCUGCCGGCUGGCGAGUGGACACUGCACUCCGCCUCCGUCAGCCACAACGCCACCUCCUUCGUCGUGGACAGGUUGAAGCCCUUCACCUCCUACAAGUUCCGCGUCAAGGCGACCAACGACAUUGGGGACAGCGAAUACAGCCAGGAGUCGGAGUCACUCACCACCCUGCAGGCCGCCCCAGAGGAAGCCCCCACCAUCCUCUCGGUCACGCCUCACACCACCACCUCCGUCCUGAUCCACUGGCAGCCCCCCAACGAGGACAAGAUCAAUGGGAUCCUGCUGGGUUUCCGGAUCCGCUACCGCGAGCUGGUCUACGACGGGCUGCGCGGCUUCACCACGCGCAGCAUCAGCAGCCCCGGCGCCAAGUGGACGGAGCUCACCCCAGGGUACGCCGUGCGGAACCUGACCGGAGCCGACCUCACGCACCAUCAACUGGACAAUCUGAGCAAGCACAGGCGUUACGAGAUCCGCAUGAGUGUGUACAAUGCCGCGGGCGAGGGGCCCUCCAGCCCCCCCCAGGAGGUCUUCGUAGGCGAGGCGGUGCCCACCGCCCCGCCGCAGAACGUGGCCGUUCAGACCGCCACGGCCACCCAGCUGGACGUCACGUGGGAGCCGCCGCCCCUGGAGGCACAGAACGGUGACAUCCAGGGCUAUAAGAUCUAUUUCUGGGAGGCCCAGCGCCAGAAUGGCACAGAGCGGGUGAAGACGCUCUUCCUGCCCGAGAACGGGGCCAAGCUGAAGAACCUCACGGGAUACACCUCGUACCUGAUCACCGUCUCGGCCUUCAACGCCGCCGGGGACGGGCCCCGCAGCGCCCCCGUCAGGGGCAGGACGCAGCAGGCAGCCCCCAGCGCCCCCAGCACCAUCCGGUUCAGCGAGCUGACCACCACCUCGGUGAACGUCUCCUGGGAGCCGCCUCUGCUGCCCAACGGCGUCCUGGAAGGGUACAGGCUGGUCUAUGAGCCCUGCACGCCUGUGGACGGCGUGAGUAAGAUCGUGACGGUGGACGUGAAGGGGAACAGCCCCCUGUGGAUGAAGGUGAAGGACCUGGUGGAGGGCGUGACGUACCGGUUCCGGAUCCGGGCCAAAACCUUCACCUACGGGCCCGAGAUCGAGGCCAAUAUCACCACGGGGCCGGGGGAAGGUGCCCCCGGACCACCGGGUGAGCCCUUCAUCUCCCGGUACGGCUCAGCCAUCACGAUCCACUGGGCAAAUGGGGAUCCCGGCAAGGGGCCCAUCACCCGAUACGUCAUCGAGGCCCGGCCCUCAGACGAGGGGCUGUGGGACAUCCUCAUCAAGGACAUCCCCAGGGAGGUGACCUCCUAUACCUUCAGCAUGGACAUCCUGAAGCAGGGGGUCAGCUACGACUUCCGGGUCAUUGCCGUCAAUGACUAUGGCUACGGGACGCCCAGUGCACCCUCCCCUUCUGUCUCAGCCCAGAAAGCCAACCCCUUCUAUGAGGAGUGGUGGUUCCUGGUGGUCAUCGCCUUGGUCGGGCUCAUCUUCAUCCUCCUGCUGGUCUUCGUCCUCAUCAUCCGCGGCCAGAGCAAGAAGUAUGCCAAGAAAUCAGACUCAGGGAACAACUCCAAGGCGAACGCGCUGAGCCAUGGGGAGAUGGUGAGUCUGGACGAGGGCAGCUUCCCUGCCUUGGAGCUCAACAACCGGCGCCUCUCCGUCAAGAACUCCUUCUGCAGGAAGAACGGGAUCUACACCAGGGGAGCGACAGCGAGUACGAAGUGGAUCAGAACCAGCAGAAGGCCCACUCCUUCGUCAACCACUACAUCAGCGACCCCACCUACUACAACUCCUGGCGGCGCCAACAGAAGGGCAUCUCCCGGGCCCAGGCCUACAGCUACACGGAGAGCGAUUCCGGCGACCCCGACCACUGCCCCUUGUCCAACAGCACCAGCACCCAGCAAGGCAGCCUCUUCCGGCCCAAAGUCAGUAGGACUCCAACCCCCCAGACGCCCGUCAACCCCCCCAGCCAGCAGAGCACCCUGUACCGCCCCCCCAGCAGCCUGGCGCCGGGCUCUCGAGCCCCCAUUGCGGGAUUUUCUUCUUUUGUUUGAUGGUUUCAAAAGAAAUAAAGAAAAGCGAAAAAGGACAAGAAAUCCCAAACCCACGUUUACGUCCAGAGUUAUUUUUUCCGAGGCAAAGGAGAUGUCCCGGCAGGGCGAGCCCAGCGCCGGCCGGGGAGAGACAAGCGGACCCGGUUCGGAGUCUAAUCAUUUGCUGCUUCCAGAGGCGCAUGGAGCCAUAUAGAAAGGGCACCCCCUGAAAGGAUCUUUGCAAAAGCUUGCAGGGCCGCGGGUCCGUCUGUGGGGGGCCUUCUCUUCUCUUUGAGGCUGAGGCGCAGAGAGGAAAGUUACAGGGUAAAGGACGGCAGCUGGCGGGCUCCCGGCCGACGCUGGUGUCUCCACAGGGCGCUGGCUCCUUGCGGGCGGGUUUACUCAAGGGCCUUUGCUGACAGGACAGACCCACCCCUUGUGGGCCAAAGCUUUCUUUGUGCGCUCCCUGAAAGGCCAGCCAGCUAGCGUCCAGAGGAGCGGGGCGUGCAAGAGCCGUCGGCCAGUGUGGUCGCACAAAACUUCAACCGGCAAACCCACGCCAGUGACCAACGGUGUCCUCGGCCCAGCACCGCAGAGCCUGACGUGGGAUGGGAACGGUGCUGCUCUUCCGCUCAGCGUUAGGUGGGAACAACGCCUGCAGGCACCUUGCUUCCCAGUGGGCCACAGACGUGCCCGAUGGCCCACGUGCUGCACAUGGGACCCGCUUUGCCAGGCUGCCCGCUCGGCUCGCCGGUCCCUCCUCUGCCAGUCUCCCCGUGACACGCCAUGUCAGAGUGUGGAAAAGUGACAAACCGAAACACAAAGCCCGUAGGCAGCCAUUUGGUUUGCUGCAUUGGGGUGGGAUGUGGGGGGUGGAGAGUGGAUUUGGGGGGGACGGGGAUGCUGGAGUUGUGAUCGAUUUACUUGAAUCCUUCUGGAGGAGACACCCCCCUCCCAGCCCCCCUUAUCCCUGGCGAGAAGCUGGGGAGGGGGCCUCUGCGGUCGAACUGCGCCACGGGGCAGGUGACCAGCACGGGGGCAUCGCUUAUCGGCACAGCAAUUCAUUUCUUCCUUCCUUGGCCCCAUCCUGGAGGGGGGGAGGGAAAGGAAAAUGCCCCGGGUCCCGGGAUGGUUGUGGGGCGAGAUGUACCCUCCGCCUACAACGUGGUCCUCUCCCCCUGGCUUGGGACGGACGCUGCCCCUUUAACUCCAGCAGAACAGAGGGGGCGGGGCGGGGCUCUGCUGGUGUGAUGGACUGGCAGCCGCAGUCUUUGUUUUGUGUUGUUUUAGUGCCCAGGUUUGGCGGGGGAUGCGAGGGGAGGGGGCCAGAAUCGGGAUGAGGGGGAUCGGUGGUGGUGGUUGUUUCCAGCAUUGCAAAACACACACAGUGCCUACUUGUCAGCUGGAUCCCGAACUCCUCAGCCGUCUUCCCUUCUGCGCGGGUGCGAAGUACGAGCUGGAGGGUCCGGCUGUCUCCUGCUGUGUCCCCAUCCUUCUGCAGAGGGGGUCCGGAGCUGUCACCGUGGUGAUUAGCCCCACGUGCUCUCGCCCGUAUUUGCACAUUCUCGGCCCAGGCUGGUUGACAGAGGAUUGAACCUGGUGCGUGGGGUCCCUUUAAUAAAGACUCAAAAGC